AUGAGCGUAUUUGCAUGGGGAGCCAAUUCCUAUGGACAACUUGGACUAGGUUUUAGGACAGAUGAAGUCAAUAUCCCUCAAUUCGUCAACUUAAGUAAAGCUAUUGAAUCUGGAAAUACAGACUUAAAAAGAAUAAAAUCGAUAUGGGGUGGUGGUGGCCAUACCCUGAUAUUAACCGAAGAAGGUUCAGUUUAUGGUUGUGGAUUAAAUAACAUAGGCCAGUUGGGCUCUAACAGUCAUGGUGUGAUAACUGAUGUCAUCAGACUUAAAGAACUUGAUGAUUAUUGUAUAGUCAGUUUAUGUUCAACUUGGGAUUCAUGUUAUGCUAUUACAGAAGAUGGAUUAUGUAUUGGUUGGGGUUCUAAUGUAUAUAGCCAAUUAGGCAAACCUAUGGACAAGGUAGUUAAUAGUGAGAAACCUAUAGUAUUAUCAGAGGAUGCUUUGCAAGUAGCAUGUGGUGUAAGGCACUGUAUUAUACUUGUACACAAUGGAAAAGUAUUGUCAUCAGGUGACUACAAAUAUGGCCAACUUGGACGAAAAGUGGCAAUUCUUGAUCAUACUUUUAGUGAAGUUAUAGGUUUGAAAAACAUUGAAUUGAUUUCUUGUGGCUUUAACCACUCAUUUGCUUUGAAUGAGAGUGGAGAAAUGUAUGGCUGGGGUGUCAAUAAAUGGGGUCAGCUUGGAAUUGAUCCAACCGAUUGUAAAACAAUAGCUAAACCUGUGCUGAUUCCUUUAAAUAAAGAUUAUAAUAUCCAAGAAAUUCACUGUGGAUGGUCAUCGACUCAUCUCUUAGCAGAUAAUGGUGUUUUGAUUAAUUUUGGAAGAAAUAACUAUGGACAAUUAGGGAAUGGGACCACUAAAAAUAGGUGGCAACCACAAGAACUUGAAGGAUUUACUUUUCAAAAAAUUUCUGUUGGUUCAGAGCAUUGUUUGGGGAUGAAUGAACGAGGCAAGCUUUUCUCAUGGGGAUGGAAUGAACAUGGAAGUUGCGGAAAUGGAAAUAGUGAUGAUGUCUUAAAGCCUACCAAGUUACAUUUUGAAGGGCACAAAAAAUUCAAAUUUUUUACUGCAGCAGUUGGACAUAACUUUGUUAUAACUGAAAACAAUAAACCACAAAAAUAA